UAAGAACCUCCAUAGUCGAGCUCCCCACAAAAGAUAAAAGUCAUACAAAAUGGUUUGCAAUUGCCUCACGAUGCCACAAGAUGGUGUCAUUUUUUUACAUGAGACAUGGCUUUGGCCUGAGCACAAAAAACGGUAAAUAGGUAAUAGCUUCCCGUUGAACUGAGAUGGGAAGUUUCAAUUUUUCAGGCCGUCGCCAAGCUCAAAUGAAAAAUAUUGCUCUGGUGGCAUCUAGUGGCAAUUGAAUCCUUUUUGGGUAAGGGUCAAUUGUGGAUUUUCGUGACAAUAAUAGCAGCGGUUCACUGUCAAAGGAAUAUUUGGAAGUGGCAGGAUUCAUCUGUUUUUUUAUUUUUGUUCUUCAUUAAGAAGGCAGAGAAGGAUUUGCAGUGGAGCGUCCUCAUGUUCACAAAGCUGUUACUGUUUAAAUGUGCUCUUUUUUUUUUUUUUUUUUGUACACACACACCCCAAUCUCAAAAUGGAGACAUUUUGUGCCGUGCGAUGUGUAAAAACAAACAAAAUUUCACAGAGAGGUAGCGUGGUAGGGUCACGAUCAUUCAGACCAGACGUUGUACAUUGUUUUUUGUCUGUAAGUAUAGUAAAGAUGCUUCAACAACACACACUAGUACUCGGAUGUUAUUCCACACCAGCAGUUCAGUUCCACAUGUGUGAUUCUCAGUGGGGUAUGUAACUCCCUCUAGUGGGUCAUAAAAUAAUCACUGAUUUAAAUUGCGUAAUAUUACAGUGGCUUCAAACUUUUGCGAUCAAGUAAAAUAUGCAGUAUAGUUCAGGUGUCAUCUUUUUAAUUGGAUUAUAUUGUUGGUGAUGUUUGAUGAGGCAAAAAUUUUCUUGUGCCAGUGCUGCUUUAAAAAAAAAAAAAAAGGUAUUUACUGUCAUACAUUUGGCUCUGCUGAUUCUACCAUUUACUAUGUUGUCACUGGGUGGUUCUACAGGAGCAAAGUCAAAGAGUCAUAAAAAAAAAAAAAAAGAGACUUCCUUCUUCAGUGUCAUUGGGGGAACAACAUCUCACAGGAAAAACCAAACCCUCAGAUUUCCAGUGAUGCAUCUGUCAAAGGGGGAUUUUGUGUGGGUGGACACCGGGGCCGGCGUGCCCAUCGGGGCCCAGGUGAAGGUGACUGACACGGGGCAGCUUCAACUAAUCGAUGACGAAGGAAAGGAGCACAAGAUCACCAAGGGUAUUGAGGGUGGCCUGCGGCCCAUGCACCCCACUUCGGUGAACGGUGUGGACGACAUGAUCCGGCUGGGGGAUCUGAACGAGGCCGGCCUCCUCAGGAACCUCUUUGUGCGGCACAAAGACGGACUCAUCUACACAUUCACAGGCUCUAUCCUGGUGGCGGUGAACCCCUAUCAACUGUUGCCGCUCUACACGGCCGAUCACGUGCACCAGUACACGGACCGGCGUCUGGGCGAGUUGCCACCGCACGUCUUCGCCAUCGCAGACAGCUGUUUCUUCAAAAUGCGCCGCAACCGCAGGAACCAAUGCUGCGUCAUCAGUGGGGAAUCAGGGGCCGGCAAAACGGAGAGCACCAAACUCAUGCUGCAGUUCCUCGCGGCCGUGAGCGGCCAGCACUCUUGGAUUGAGCAGCAGAUCCUGGAGGCCAAUCCCAUUUUGGAAGCCUUCGGGAACGCGAAAACCAUCCGUAAUGACAACUCCAGUCGCUUUGGCAAGUACAUCGACAUCAACUUCACCAAAGGAGGCGCCAUCGAAGGGGCUCGAAUCGAGCAGUACCUGCUGGAGAAGUCCAGGGUGUGUCGCCAGGCACCCGAGGAGAGGAACUACCAUGUUUUCUACUACCUGCUGAUGGGAAUGCCGGCUGAGCAGAAGAAGAUACUUUCGCUAGGGAGCGCCGCUCAAUACAACUACUUGACGAUGGGGAAGUGCACCAGCUGCGAGGGUCGUGACGAUGUGAAGGAAUACGCUCACUUCCGCUCGGCGUUGAAGAUCCUCAUGUUCAGCGAGAACGACACCUGGGAAAUCUGCAAGCUGCUCGCAGCCAUCCUGCACAUUGGCAAUGUCAACUUCGAAGGAACCAUCGUUAACAAUCUGGAGGGCUGCGAAGUCCUGGGGUCAAUACAUUUCGACAUGGUGUGCCAACUUUUGGAGGUGGAGCCGAAAGUUCUGGAGAAGAGUUUGACUCAGAGUUCCUUUAUGACCAUUCGGGAGAGCGUCAGCAAAGUUCUGACCUCAGCACAGGCCCAGGAUGGCAGAGACGCCUUUGUCAAGGCUAUUUACGGCCGUCUUUUCAUUUGGGUGGUGGACAAAAUCAAUGCGGCCAUUCACAAGCCGCCCGGGGAGUCCGACGAGGUCAGACAGUCCAUCGGCCUCCUUGACAUCUUCGGCUUCGAGAAUUUCAACACAAACAGCUUUGAGCAGCUCUGCAUCAACUACGCCAACGAGCAGCUGCAGCAGUUUUUCGUCAGGCACGUGUUCAAGCUGGAGCAGGAGGAAUAUGCCCGAGAAAGCAUCGUGUGGGAGCGCAUCAACUACAAGGACAACCAGGAAACUUUGGAUGUGCUUGCCAACAAGGCCCUCAACAUACUGGCCCUCAUAGAUGAAGAAAGCAACUUCCCCAAGGGUACGGAUACCACCAUGCUCCAAAAAAUGAAUCAGGUUCACGGGAAGGGCAGCAUCUACAUUUCCCCCAAGAAUAACUACGAGACUCAAUUUGGAGUCAGUCAUUUCGCAGGCGCCGUGUACUACGACUCCAAAGGUUUUCUGGAGAAGAACCGUGACGCCCUGAGCCUCGACUUCAUCCAGCUGGUGGAGACAUCCAGUAACAAGUUGCUCAAGAUGGUCUUUCACAACGAGAUCUCCACUACCACCAACAACAGCACCAAGAGCGCAGCCAACCCCAAAAUGGUCAUCAACACACCCAAGAACACGCUAAGGCAAGCAAACGACGGCAAGAAGCGAGUUCCCACGCUGACCGGUCAGUUCCGUCAAUCCCUCGACUCUCUGAUGAAAACCCUGACAGCGUGUCAGCCGUAUUUCAUCCGGUGCAUCAAACCCAACGACUACAAGAAGCCCAUGCUGUUUGACAGAGAGCUGUGCCUACGUCAGUUGCGCUACUCGGGCAUGAUGGAGACCAUCAGGAUCCGCAAAGCCGGUUAUCCGGUACGCUAUACAUUUAACGAGUUCCUGGACCGCUACAGGGUUCUUCUCAAGACCUACAUCUGUGACCCACAAAAGGAAAGCAAAGAGAAAUGCUGCGAAAGCAUCUGCGAAUCUGUGCUGGCAGGAGAGGGUGACUGGAAGACUGGAAAGACAAAGAUCUUCCUCAAGGAUUUCCACGACACCAUGCUGGAAGUGGAACGGAUGAAAGAACUGAACGCCAAAGCGCUUUUGAUCCAGAAGGUUCUACGAGGCUACAAAUACCGAAAACAGUUCCUCAAGAAAAAAGGAGCUGCUCUCGUCAUCCAGAAGCACUGGCGAGGACACAAAGGGAGACAAGUGUACCGUGUGGUCCAGAAGGGCUUUGCCAGACUUCAGGCACAGGUUCGCUCCCGUCAGCUGCACCUCCAGUACAAGAGAAAGCGGCAGGCGGCCAUCUUGCUGCAGGCACAGGUGCGAGGCUAUGUGGCCCGCAGGGACUGGAAGCGCAAGAGGGACGCCGUGGUCUUCCUGCAGGCGCACACCAGAGGCUUUCUGGCCAGGAGGACUGUCAAGAACAUGAGGAGAAACUAUCUGUCAGCUAAAGAGAAAGAGGCGGAGCGUCUGGCCAUGCUGAAGCGUCAGAAACAUCUUGAGGACGUGCUCAGGCAGAAGAAGGAGAUGGAGGCCCAAGCCCAGUCCGAGUCCAUCAUGGAUCAGCAGGUGGACGACAUCUUUGGAUUCCUGCCCGUCAUGGUGGGGGGGCAAGAGGGACAGGCGCCCGAAGGGUUUGAGACCUUGGAGAGCAAACGAGUUCUGCUAGAGGAGAUCGACAUUGACACCAUCUCCAUGGAGGAUGAAGACCUGUCUGUAGAGGACCAGGAUGACCUGGACGAUUACCCCUUCUCCAAAUUGGCCUCAAUGUACUUCCAGGGCGGUGCGUCACAUACGCACAUCCGCCAGAGGCUGAGACGACCGCUGCUUUACCAUGAGGACGAGGGAGACGUCCUGGCCUCGCUGAGCGUUUGGUGGAUCAUCCUGAGGUUCAUGGGGGAUCUUCCUGAGCCAAAAAAGCAGUUCCAGUUGCAGGGAAGCUCCUCACAGGGGCGCUUUCUCAAUCAGGACGUAAUUGACAGAAAGGACAGACGUCUCAGCCACAUGGUUGGGCUGGAUCAGCGUGUGCUCCGGAACAAAAAGGGCCCGCAGCCUUCUCCUGUUCAGGAGGAGUCCACUCCCAACAGAAAGGCGUCCAUGUUCACCGAUCUCAUGUCGAGAAACAAGAGGGCCGCUCCGGGCGAGGUGGCCCCAAACACCAAGGUCUACACCGUCCCUGAAGGGAGCCCUCGAACCCGAAAGGGCUCCACCUUCACAGACCUACUGUCCCGGAGUCGGAAAACCUCCGGCGUUCAGGAAAAUGGAAUUCCCAGAUCUUCUUCCAGCUUCCGGAAACCCUCCAUCAUUAUGGAAGAGUCUGAGGAUCCGACGGAGGUGUCCAAGGCUCCCACCCUCCAGACGGUGAAGGAGGAUGGUGACGAUGUCUUGAUCGGGGAGGGUCCCACCCUGGACAGGCCCCUUACGUCUCUGGAAAAGCUGCACAUCAUCGUGGGCUAUGGCAUCGUCCGACGUGACCUCAGGGAUGAGAUCUAUUGCCAGAUCUGCAAGCAGCUGCAGGACAACAAUAACCGCAACAGUUAUUUCCGAGGAUGGAUCCUGCUCUCACUCUGUCUGGGCGUCUUCCCGCCGAGUGAACGGAUUAUAAAGUACAUCCAGAGUUUCAUCCGCUUCGCUCCCAGCGGCUACGCAUCCUACUGCGCCGAGCGGCUGCGUCGCACCCUUACGAACGGCGCGCGAGGGGAGCCCCCCGCCUGGCUCGAGCUACAGGCCACCAAGACGAAGAAGCCCAUGGUGGUGUCAGUCACGCUCAUGGACGGGCGCUCCAUCAACCUUCCCGUGGAUUCGGCUUCCACUUCCAAAGAGCUCUGCCAGCUCCUCGCUAACAAAGUCAAACUCAAAGACAUGUUUGGCUUUUCCCUCUACGUUGCUCUGUAUGAAAAGGUGUGGGCCCUGGGCAGCGGCCGCGAGCAUGUGAUGGACGCCAUCUCCCAGUGCGAGCAGGAGGUGAAGCGGCGCGGCGGGCAGGAGCAGCACGCGCCCUGGCGCCUGUUCUUUCGCAAGGAGAUCUUCACGCCGUGGCACGACUGCGCCGAGGACAUGAUCAGCACCGAGCUCAUCUACCAGCAGGUCGUCCACGGCCUGAAGUUUGGAGAGUACCAAAUGGAGAAGGAAGAGGAUCUCGUCCACCUCGCCGCCAAGCAUCUCUAUAUCCAGCACGGCUCGGAUAACGGCAGCGAGGCGGUGAGGGAGGCUGUGCAGGCCUGCAUCAGUAACCCCCUGCUGGAGGCCAAAUCUGAAGGCAAAUGGGUGCAAAUGAUUUCCACGGCCCACGCGCAGGGUUCAUACUUGAGUUCUCUGCAAGAAGCGGAUUCGGUGAAGGCGGAGGUGGUGGAUUACGCCCGCGAGAAGUGGCCCAUCUUCUUCUCUCGGUUCUUUGAGGUGGUCAAGUUGUCAGGUCCUCCAUUGCCAAAGAGCAAGUUCAUCGUGGCCAUCAACUGGACUGGCAUCACUUUCCUGGAUGAGCGAGAAAAGAGGCUUCUGGAACUCUCCUUCCCAGAAGUCACCGGCGUUAACUCCACGAGAGGUGCUAAAGGCCCGGUGGUGUCUUUGCUGACUCUGAAGGGAGACUUCACGCUGAGCGGAUCCACGGCGACGGACAUGGCCGAGCUGGUCACCAUGUUCCUCAGCGGACUGACCGAGCGCUCGCAGUAUGCCGUCACCCUGAAGGAAAUGGAAAAGCAAGAUGACCCGACGUUCCUCAGCUUCAAGAAGGGCGAGCUCAUCAUCAUACUUAAAGACAAUGAGUUCUCGCAGCAGCGCGGCUGGAUAAACGGGCAAAAUUACAGCACAGGAAAAACAGGGGCCGUUCCCACGGAGGCCAUCUUAAUCCUGCCAACGCUCAACAAACCCACAAACGAAGUGAUGAGCCUGCUCAACCUAUCCCCCAACCAGCGGAAGACCGUCCUGGCCAACCAGAAAGAGACCGGUACCGUGGAGCGACUCGCUCCAUUUACCUUGAGGGAGUUUUCCCUCGAGUACUUCAGGCAGCCCGCAAAGGAUGUCAACCGGCAGGUGAUGUCGCGCAAUGCCGCUCCCGAGAGGCUGUGGUUGAACUCGCGUGAGCCCCUCCGACAGCCCCUCCUCAAGAAGCUUGUCGGCAACUCGGAUUUGAGCCACAAAGCCUGCCUGGCCUUCACCGCCAUCCUCAAGUACAUGGGCGAUUACCCGACCAAGCAGGUCCAGAGCCCCCUUGAACUCACCGAUCAGAUCUUUGGGCCCGCCACGGAAAAGGAGACCCUCAGAGAUGAGAUCUACUGCCAAAUUAUGAAGCAGAUGAGCAGCAAUAACAACCGGUUCAGCGUGGAGCAGGGUUGGCAGCUGCUGUGGUUGUGCUGCGGCCUCUUCCCUCCCAGCCAAUCGCUCCUGAAGCACGCGCAGCGAUUCCUGGAGUCGCGGCGCACAGAGCCGCUGGCCUCCGACUGCCUGCAACGACUGCAGAGCUCUUUGAGAAUGGACGCCAGGAAGCUUCCGCCGCACCAGGUAGAAGUGGACGCCAUCCAGCAGAACAGCACGCAAAUCUUCCACAAAGUCCACUUUCCCAACGACACGGGGGAGAUCUUUGAGGUGGCCACCAGUACCAAGAUCAGGGAUCUCAUUCAGAACAUUUCCAACAAGCUGCAACUGACUACGGCCGACGGCUUCAGCAUUUUCAUUAAAACACACGAUAAGGUCCUCAGUCUGAAUGACGGCGACUAUUUCUUUGACAGUCUGAGGCAAAUCACAGACUGGUCCAAACAGAACAAACGCAUUAAAGACGGUGGUCAAGUCAGCAUGCCCUACUUGGUUUUCUUCAUGAGGAAGCUGUGGUUAAAUGUGAUCCCUGGCAGGGACCUGGAGGCGGACCUCGUCUUUCACUUCCCUCAGGAAGUCCCGAAGUACUUGAGGGGGUACCACGUGUGCGGCAAGGGCGACAUGGUUCACAUCGCAUCCCUGCUCUUCCGCAUUAAAGUUGGGAAUGACAAGAGUCAGUUUGUGACCAUCCCCAAGAUGCUGAAAGAACUCGUACCCGGGGACCAGCUUAAGACUUUUUCCGAGAACGAGUGGAAGAAGGGCAUCGUGGCGUCUUUCAACAAGCAAGCGGGAAUGACCGUGGAGGAAGCAAAAGUGGCGUUCCUGAAAACGGUUUGUCGCUGGCCAACCUUUGGCUGCGCCUUCUUUGAAGUGAAGCAAACAUCCGAGCCAAAUUUUCCGGAUAUUGUGCGGAUCGCUAUCAGCAAGCAAGGACUCACCAUCAUACAUCCCAAAACCAAAGAAGUGUUGGCCAACCACCCUUUUAACCGCAUCGCCAACUGGUGCAGCGGGAGCACGUAUUUCCAUAUGACCAUCGGCAGUUUGGUGCAGGGCAGCAAAUUCCUCUGUGAAACGUCGCUGGGCUACAAGAUGGACGACCUCAUCACCUCUUACGUCAACAUGUACGCGCAAGAGAGGAGGCCGGUGCAGAGCAGGAACCAGCGCUUCAAAUGAUGCCUGCACCCCCAGCGUGACUACAAAGCACCUGCUAUAAAGAACUCCAUUGGACUCCAUAGGAAUUGCCGGAAUAUGCAUUUUAAAAUAUUUAUUCAAGUUCCUUUGCUCACCAUAUUUGCAUUCAUGACAUUGCUUGAUCUGAUUGGAUGCUUCACAAAUAAAAGCUCACGUUAUCCACGCA